CUCAGAUCGCUCACCCCAGUGGUGAAGCGCCCACCGAUAUGGCGCCCUCCACGAACGCCUCACCGCUUGCUCUCGACUACGAGGGCCCUCAGGAAUGCACCGAAGCCGCCUCGACCGGAAAAUAAUGGGUUGCGACCAGAGGACACGAAUGAGGCGCGGCAAGCUGGAGAGGCACGCCCAGCGGAUGAGGAUGCCAGCUCGACGCCAAUAACCUUGGACGCACCGACUCGUUCGUCUGCACCUAUAGAUGAUUCUACGAAGCCUGAGGAGACGCCCGUCAAGCCUGCGGACGGUACAAGUGCAUCUGAAGACGCUCAGAAAUCACUUGAGGAUUCCGCGCGCGAGUCCCACUCUACUUCCUCGGACUUCGCAUCGUCCUCGCAUCCGGAAUCAGCCUCCAACUCUCCCUCUGACCCUUCAAUGCCGUCGAAGGCAGAGGAGAUCCUGGCUCAGCUGCAGACCCGCCUGCGCGAAUUCGCCGAGCAGACCGCGAUCGCCGUGCGGAACCGCGCAGACGACUUCACGGCGCGAUCCAAGUCGACGUUCUCUCAGCUUGGCGCGGAGCUCAACCGCGUCACUGGCUAUGAGGAGAUCGACGCGCUCAAGAAGGAUGUCGUGGCGCGAGAAACCCACAUCAACGAAGCCCGCAAAGCCGCUCGGGACGCCAAGCUUGCGUACGAACGCGCCGUCCUCCAACGCUCCAACUCCCAGCGCGAAGUAAACGACCUCCUGCAGCGCAAGUCCACCUGGACGGACACCGACGUCUCCCGCUUCACCACGCUCGUCCGCGAGGACCAUCUCUUCGAGCAGGCCGAGCUGCGCGCCAAAGCACAGGCCGACGCCGCCGAAGAGGCCGUCGAGCGCGAGUUCACUGCGCUUAUGCAGGCCAUCCUCGCGCGCUACCAUGAGGAGCAGGUCUGGUCGGACAAGAUCCGCAGCGCGAGCACGUAUGGCCAGCUAGCCGCGCUCGCGCUCAACUUGCUCGUGUUCAUCCUCGCGACGAUCGCGGUCGAGCCGUGGAAGCGCCGGCGGCUCGCAGCGACGUUCGAGCGGAAGGUCGAGGAGCUGAGCAGGGAGAUGGAAAGGACUGUGGCGACGGGCAUCGCGGGCGUGAGCGAGAAGAUGGAAGCGCAGAAUGUGGCGGCAAGGGAGACGAUUGCGGUGCUGCUGAAGCAGAUCGAGCUUGAGCGGGAGGCGAGGGAGCGGGAAAGGUCGAGGAGUGUGGCACAGGCGGCGUCGGAGUUGUUGGUCGGGAAGGACGAGAAAGCGUACGAGUUGACGACGGUGGCAGCUACGACUGCUGUUGUGGCGGGGCUGCUGGGGUGGCUGUUGCGCAGUUCCUUGACUUGAUUUACCUCUGCACUUCGCUUUGCAAUGCACAUCGUCGCUCCCUC